AUGGCUCGCCUCACAUCUUUCGUCACCGCGGCUGCUUUGCUCGGCUUCGGCCGCGUGGUUUCGGGUCAAAACAGCACCACAGACCCGUGGCCCUGGCAGACGUACCGCUCCGAGCCUGCCCUUCAGCCCCCUUCGCUCAAGAUCACUCAGACCGGCGAGAUCGCCGAAGGUCACUUGUUCUUUGACCAGUCCGGCUCUGGCGGUCACAACUACUCCGUCUUCAUCAUGGACAACGGCAACGAGCUCAUUUGGGAGGGCACGUACGGUGACAUCUCUGCGUACCGUGCCCAGGUUCUGGACGGCGAGCCGGUCAUUACGUACUUCACGGGCAUCACCUUCCCCGAACCCUACGGAUUUGGGUAUGGAGCAGUCUUCAUUUUCGACCAGACGUACACCAACAUCAUCAACGUCACCUUGCCUCAAAACAAGGACGGCUUGAACCUGCAAACAUUCUCAGGCUGGGAUUCUUCCGGUUUGGCAGAGGGAAGCUGGAUCGAUAUGCAUGAGAACCUGAUCACCCCCGAGGGCACGAUGUUCAUCCCAGCUGUCAAUGUCACCCAGACCGACCUGACGUCUGUUGGUGGUCCAGCCGACGGGUGGAUCGUCGACUCCCUUUUCUUCGAAGUUGAUGUGAAGACCAGUGACAUCCUCUUCCAGUGGAGCCACCUUGAUCACUUGGACGAGAUUCCCUUGGUCGAUUCCGCAGCCGUGUACCCCUUGGGUGACAUGGGUAACCAGUCGUACCCGUGGGGACCUUUCCACAUCAACUCCGUUGAGAGGUUUGCGGAUGGUGGCUUCCUGGUGUCUUCUCGGCACUACUGCUCCAUCUUCAAGAUCGCCAAGAACGGCUCUGUCGAAUGGACCCUGAACGGCCGUACCGGCGGCGACUUUACCCUCAAGAACGGUCUCUCAUUCUGCUACCAACACGACGCCCGAAUUCACGCCGAGGGCAACGGCACGGCUCUCAUCUCGCUCUUCAACAACGAUAACAGUGCGGUCGAGUCAGGCAUUAACCAGACGUCUGGUAUCUUCCUGAAUGUGAACACAGCCACUUGGGAGGCCACCAUGACCAAGGAACUCAUCGACGAGAACGACACCAUCUUCGCCGUCUCCCAGGGCAAUGUUCAGGUGCUCAACGACGGCACCGGUCACGUCGUCAUGGGAUACGGCAGCACCCCCAAGAUCAAGGAGUUCAACGCCGACGGCGAAUGCGUCUUCACCGCCCAAUUCGGCGAGGACAAGCUCGUGCAGAGCUACCGCAACUACAGACUCCCUUGGGUUGGUAAGCCGUACUACGCCCCCAAGGCGUUCGCGUGCAGCAGCGGCAACCAGACCGAGGUCUACAUGAGCUGGAACGGUGCUACGGAGAACAAGAAAUGGACUGUCUUUGGCGGUGACGCGAAGGACGCUUUGAUCGAGAAGGUGACUGUUGACAAGUCUGGAUUUGAGACCAAGGCCACUUUCAACGGUGCUGCUCAGUACGUGAGGGUUGAAACCGCUGGCGAGGGCAUUGAGACGGGUGUCAGUGACGUGAUUGCCGUCGACACCCAGUGCUAG